AGCCGCCAUGUUGUUUUGCAGCGCAUGGCGCCGCCUGGCGCCGCCCGCGGCUCAGCGGGCACACAGACGGCGGGCGGGGAGCGCGGCCCCGCGCUACGAAGUGCUGGUGAUCGGCGGCGGCCAUGCCGGCACGGAGGCGGCGGCGGCGGCCGCUCGCGGCGGGGCCCGCACGCUGCUGCUCACGCACAAGAUCGGCACCAUCGGAGAGAUGUCGUGCAACCCGUCAUUCGGAGGCAUCGGGAAGGGGCACCUGAUGCGGGAGGUGGACGCCCUGGACGGGCUGUGCGGGCGGAUGUGCGACGUGUCCGGGGUGCAUUACAAAGUGCUCAACCGCAGCAAAGGCCCGGCCGUGUGGGGGCUGCGUGCGCAGAUCGACCGGCGGCGGUACCGGGACCGAGUGCAGAACGAAAUCCUGAGCACCCCCCUGCUGACAGUCCGUGAGGCGUCUGUGGAGGACCUUCUCCUGACAGAGCCAGAAGCAAACCGCCCUGGGAAGUGCCAAGUCACUGGCGUCGUUCUGGGGGAUGGUAGCACAGUGUGUGCUGGGAGCGUCGUCCUGACCACUGGGACAUUUCUGAGGGGUAUGAUCCUUAUGGGGCUGGAAACACAUCCCGCUGGGCGCCUGGGAGACCAGCCGGCUGUGGGGCUAGCCCAGACUCUGGAGAAACUGGGAUUUACUGUGGGCAGACUGAAGACUGGGACACCACCCCGCCUGGCCAAAGACACCAUCAACUUCAGUGGUUUGGAGGAACGCGUACCUGACAACCCUCCUGUGCCCUUCAGCUUCCUCAGCAAGGCUGUGUGGAUCAAGCCAGAAGACCAGCUGUCCUGCUACCUGACUCACACUAACCUGAAAGCUCAGCAGAUUGUCCUUGAUAACCUCCACCUGAAUGAUCAUGUGAGGGAGACAACAAAGGGCCCCCGAUAUUGCCCCUCUUUUGAGUCAAAGGUGCUGCGCUUCCCAAACCGUGAACAUCAGGUCUGGCUGGAGCCUGAAGGCUUGGAGUCCGAUGUCAUUUACCCCCAAGGCCUGUCAAUGACUCUGCCACCUGAGCUCCAGGAGCAGGUGAUCAGAUCUAUCCCAGGCUUGGAGAAAGCCAAGAUCUUACAGCCAGGCUAUGGAGUGCAGUAUGACUUUUUAGACCCCCGUCAGCUGACUGCUUCUCUCGAGUCUCGUCUCGUUCAGCGGCUCUUCUUUGCAGGCCAGAUAAAUGGCACAACAGGCUAUGAGGAAGCUGCAGCUCAGGGCGUGAUUGCUGGGAUCAAUGCUUGCCUACGGGUCCAAGGCAAGCCCCCUUUCAUUGUCAGUCGCACCGAAGGGUAUGUGGGUGUCCUGAUAGAUGACCUUACUACUCUGGGCACCACUGAGCCAUACCGGAUGUUCACCAGCCGCGUGGAGUUCCGCAUGUCCCUCCGGCCUGACAAUGCUGAUGCCAGGCUGACCCACAGAGGCUUUGAGGAAGCUGGGUGUGUGUCACAGCAGCGAUACGAGCAAGCCGUUCAGAUGAGGGCUGCUUUAGAAGAUGGAAUUGCAACACUAAAAUCCCUUCAGUUCAGUGUAUCCAAAUGGUCCCACUUGGUACCAGAAGUUCCCAUCAGUAGCAAUCGAAGAUCACCUCUCAGUGCCUUUGACAUCCUUCGGUAUCCAGAGGCCAACAUGGAGAUUCUGGCAAGGGCUAUCCCAGAGCCCCUGAGAAGGUUUGCUGAAUGGAGGGAACUGGCUGAGAGAUUGAAAAUAGAAGCUGCUUACGAGUGGUGCGUAGUCAAUCAACAGCAGGAAAUAGAAGAAGUGCGUCGAGAUGAAGCCCUCCGACUUCCAGAGGACAUAGACUACUUUGCUAUCGAUGCAUCCCUGUCAGCAGAGGUGCGGGAGAAACUGAACUCCAGCCGUCCCCAGACGAUCGGUGCAGUCAGCCGCAUCCCUGGAGUUACACCGGCUGCGAUCAUUAACCUGCUGAGAUAUGUGAAAGCAGAGAAGCUAAAAGCUUUUCCUCAGACUGGCAAGUAUUUGCCAGGGAAAAUGUACUCGGAGAAAACAAGUUCCCAAACGCUGGUAUCAGCAGAGAUCUCUGAAGGGGAGCUUGGCAGUGCUUUUGUUAAAACACCUUUGUGAGGUGUUUGUAGAAGGGAGUCCAUCUUGUGCUGGAGAACAUGGCAAGAACAGCUGUGCUCACCUGAACCGCUGUGUGGCUAAAAAUGAUGUUGGAUGGAGCCAUGAAAACACAGGAAUUUGCUUGUUCAGAAGAUGCAGAUGGUCAAAAUGUGUUGCAGAGCAUCUUGGAAAGGACUGAGUUUUGCUCUUUUGAAACAAGUAAGAAAUGUUACCGUACUGAACCCACUUCAGCACAAGAGGAUUUGGGCUGGAGAGUCCUCUGUUGACUUUAGCGCUGGUGUUUAUUGCUGUGCAAUGGCUACUGUUUAAAGGUUUAGUGUGCUGUUAGCCAACUGGAAACUGGGCUAUAAAAGCAUGCGCCACAUGAAUAGUAAAACUGGUGGAGGAGUGAUGGAACUUAAGCAGUGUAUCACAGGUUUUUUUUUCUUGUUUUCUUCUAAUUAAUUAAAGCUUGUCUUGAAACCUGCUGAA